AACCGGCGGAGGCAGGACUAGAGGCAGCGCUGGCAGCCCGGCGGAGAGCUGCGGAGCUGAAAUGAAGCGCAAACACGGAGCGGCUCACACCGUCCACAGCCGCGCGGCUCAGGAAGAGGCUCCACUCCGCUCCAGCUCCACCCCGCCGCGGCUGAAUGAAGGGCUCCGUCCAUGCGGAGGCUAGCGCUCUUCCUGCUGCCCUGUGCUGUCGCCGUCCUGGUGCACUUGUGGUUGGCACAGCGACCCUCCUUCGCCUUCUUCUGCGAGCCGCUGGACAACAGCACUCACUCGGAUGAACCGUUGCCUUUCUGGGAUGUUUUGGUGGGAGUCCUGUCAGCGCGGCAUCAUCAUGACCUUCGACAAGCGAUAAGAGAAACAUGGCUGGGAUACAUUAGAGAUCACCCACACUUUAAGCGCAGAGUGGCGGUGAAGUUUAUCGUGGGUCGACACGGAUGCCCCAUUCCGGACGAGGACAGGGAGGAUCCUUACUCUUGUUCCCUCCUGAACUUCAGCGAGCCAGUGACAGGACAGGAUGCAGAGAUGGAGAUUGUUAGAGUGGAUCACCCGGCGCUGCUCGUCCCCUCUGAUGUCACAGCUAUCGCUCUAGACUUUAAGGUCCUGCACCCGGUGGUGAUAACCCGCCUCGGGGUGUUCUCCAGUGGGACGCUAGCUGAACUUCACAGCAAUGUGACGGUGAAGCUUCUGCAGCUGGACCAGGAGGAGGCAGUGGUUACAGCUCGCUUCAGCUCCAUUAGCAUGGGAACCAUGGCAAACUGGGUGUGGUACAAACCAGUGGAGCAGUUCAUCCUGCCCAAGGGUUUUGAGGGGGCGCUGGUUUGGGAGAGUCAGGACUCUGCUCCGCUGACCACUGUCAACUCCUCCUCUGUGGAGCUCAAUGAUGGAGGAGGUGUCCUCAAGUUCUCCUCUAUUGCAGAGGGCAUAUUGCCUCACAGAAGUGCUCUUGGGUUUCCUGGUCUGGCUGGAGGCUUCACAUUCACCAUCUACGAUGAAGACGGAUUGUCGGGACUCCUGCGAGGCCGCGCUGCCAGAAUGGAAAGGCAUGCCUCCGGUUUGAAGCGGGAGGAUGCUGCCCUGCAGGAGGAAAGCCUCAGGCAUGGAGAUAUCGUGUUUGUAGACGUGGUGGACACCUACAGGAAUGUGCCUUCCAAGUUGCUUCAGUUCUAUAAAUGGUCUGUGGGAAACGCUGACUUCAGUCUGCUGCUGAAGACGGAUGAUGAUUGCUUCAUCGACGUGGACUCGGUGUUAAUGAAAAUUGACCACAAGGGUCUGAGGCGCAGAAACUUCUGGUGGGGGAAUUUCAGGCAGAGCUGGGCCGUGGAUCGGAUCGGAAAGUGGCAGGAGCUGGAGUACGCCAGCCCAGCUUAUCCUGCGUUCGCCUGCGGCUCAGGAUACGUGGUUUCUCACGACCUGGUCCAGUGGCUCGCCGGUAACGCAGAGCAGCUGAAAGCCUAUCAGGGAGAAGACGUGAGCAUGGGAAUAUGGAUGGCAGCUGUCGGGCCGCAGAAGUAUCAGGACGCCGGCUGGUUGUGUGAGAAGGAGUGCUACCUGGACAUGCUGUCAUCUCCUCAGCACACAGCCAAGGAGCUGCGCAUCCUCUGGGAUAGGAAGAAGGUGUGUGGAGACCCCUGUGGGUGUCCCUGAUCGGGCGCCGCUCCAACCCUGUAGCACUGUGGGUAAAAAAAAAACAAGAAAAGAUGCACUUAAACACUUGUUCUUGUUCAGUUUCUGGAGACUUUUCUUUACUCACAAGGUGGUGCAUUUAAUAUUAUAAGACUU